AUGUCAAAGAAAAUAUGUUUCGUAUUUGCUGUUUUCAUACUCGCUAUCAGUUGGAUUAUUGUUGGAUCUGUGGACACCACCACUCCGAGGCCGAUCAACGCUGCGUUCUUUGACAAUGUGACCAUCCCAAUGCCAAUUUCUGCCAACUAUCGUCGUAUUGUUGAGAUGACAUAUGGUGUGAAGGAAGAGCAAAUCUAUAGAGUUUGCACAGGGAAGAACAAGAAGACUUGUGGGUUCUGGGAGAAUGUUCAGACAAAAGCAAAAGUGGAAUCAGGAAAUACGACAUACAACAAGAACAAGAAAGCGUUGAUUAUAAAGAAGAUAAUGAAAACUGACUUCGGACUCUAUAUGACUGGAAACAAGAAAUACGAGCAAAAGGUUAACUCGUUGUUUUUGAGAGGACGAUAA